AGCAAAUAUCAGAGAGCAAACAGGGUGUGGAAAUGGAUACUUCAUUACCAAAAGAAGCGAUACCAGAAAAAAUGCCUCAAGAGAUCAAGUGUCCUACCUCUGAUCUUGCAAUCCAUGAUCAAAAGAGAGUUACCAGGGGUAGCAGGUCACAUAAGAAAAAAGGAAUGGAUGAACUUAAGCAUGAAUUAUUCAAUCCCCCUUCGAAAUCUGAUGGUCUAUCCUCUAUAAACCAUAAUAAUGUGUUCGAAAUUUCUAAGACAGCCCGUCCCAGAAAAGUUACCUAUGACAGUAUUGAUAAAACUUCACAACAUUUGUUCAGUUAUGUGACAAAGCUAUCGAUGCCGAAGAUAGAGCAAAUUGAGCUAAUCAGAAAGAAAUUUUAUGUUGGUGCCUCUACUGGAAGGAUUUCAGAGAUCAGUUUGAUGAAAUUAUCAGAAGCAAUGGUGAAAAGAUCACAAGAAUUGGGGCUAAAAGUUAGGGUUGUAUCAUGGGAUAGCUUGC